UAUCAUUAUUACUUUUUUUUUACUUUCAAUAUAAAAAGGAAAAUAUACUUUAUAUCUUUAUUUAUCUUCAUUAGAAGUGAGUGUACACCAAUAGGUUUAGAGGUAGAACAAACAUAAAUAUUUUUCAUCACGUGUGUGUGUGGGGUUUUUUUUAUGGAGAGGGGAAAAAUAACUGGAGCUCAAAUCAAGCUGAUCUUCAGAAAAUGAAUCAGUAUUAAAUUUUACCUUAGAGUGUGUGCAAGUGACAAUGUACAAUUUUUAAUCAUAAUGUUUAUUUAAUUUUAAAUUAAAAAAAAUUGUUUAUUUGAAAAUUUUUUUACUUUAAAUAUAUAUUUUGAAUUUUAUAAUUGAUAAAAUGUUAAUUUAUCCAGUUGUGGUAAUUUUAUGGCUGGCUGUAACUACCAUCGCAACCCCUUCAGCUAACGUCAAACAAACCGUCGACGAUAAGAAAACAGCAGAUUAUCGUUAUGGAUAUAAUAUUGAUGAGAAUAAUGAAAAAGGUUAUGGUAAAACUGAAAUGAAAAAUGGAGAUUCAGCAAGUGGUAGAUAUUUUAUAAAUGGUGAAGAAUCAUAUACCGAUGUUAAAUAUGUUGCUGACAAGUUGGGAUAUCAUCCAGUUGUCAAAUAUAGAUCAUCAAAUGGAAGACGUGCCACUACCACACAAUCAACAGUCAAUAGAAAUGCACAAAAGUUACAACAAGAUGAAACAAAUAUCGAGAAUCCAGUUAAAUUGACUGGAGAUAGACAAGCUUCAUUGGAUACCAAAUCAGUGCCAAUUGAUCAGAACAAUAAAUCCAAUGAGAAAACUACCUUUGCUGAGUCAUCAACGUCAAUUACAUUCAUUAAAAAUAAUAAAAAAAAAAUUAAUGAAAACAUUAAAAGUACAUUAGUCAUUGAAAACUCUGGUAGUUUUGGUAAACGUGUACCUAAUACCAAAAUUAAUAUAACAAAUAAUGUAAAUAAUAAACAAAUUGAUGAUUUAGAAAGUUCAACGACAAGACAAAUAGCAUCGAGUGUUAUUUAUUCAACACCACCACCAACACUACCACCACCAACAACAACAACAACAACAAUAAAACCAAUUAAAAGAAAUAUUAAUGAUGAAAAAGUAUCAAUAUCAUUGUCAAAUAAAACUCGUAAUAGUCCAACUAAUCGUUUACGUGAGUAUCUAAGCUCAUCGACAUCAACAACAACAACAACAACAACAUCAACAACAUUACCAGCACCAUCAUCAUCACAAGCACCAAUACGAUUAUCAGUACGUAAAGUUUUAAGAAACAGAAAUUUAUCACAUAAUAAACCUGAUAAACGAAAAACUGAUAACAACAAAUCAAUUGAUAAUUUAAAUAAUAAUAAAUUAUCAGAAAUAGUGAGUGAAUCAAAAAGGUCAAAUAAAUUUGAAAAGCCUAUUGUUGUUGCUGAAGUUCCAAGCUAUGAAUAUAGUACAACAUUUCCAUGCACUGACGAUAAUAAUGUAUCAGUUACCACAGUGAAAACUGACAUUGACAGGGAGUCAAGUACAGUGAACUAUUCAUCAAAUAAACAAGACGUUGUUACUCAAAAAUUUACUGAUUAUGAUCGUAUUACAACGUCAUCUUUAAUAUUAAAUCCUAUACAAGCUGGAGUAUCUUUGAUAAACUUAGAUGAAACACAUUCAACUGUUGAAGAACCUCAGGCUAGUGUCAGUCAAACACCAGUUAUAACUGAUGCAACAGUAACAUCAUUUGUAACUCAACCAAUACAAGAAAUAAAUAAAAUAACAACAGAAUUACCAACUAUUUCAACAACUGAAAAAAUAAUUGAUAAUGAAUGGUCAAAUAAAAUUGAAAAUUUAAUUGAAGUUACAAGUCAGUCGACGUUUAAUCAAGACAUUAGUAUACCACAACCAAAUCCAACUGAAUCUUCAUAUGAAAAUAUUUAUUUAGAUAAUAUUAGUGUUGAUCAAACACCAUCAACAACCACACCAACUUAUCAAGAUGAUUCGUCAUUUGAAAUUCAAAAAUCUGUUGAAUUAUAUCACAAUUCACCUGUUGAAGAAAUACAUUAUCCUGGUCAAGCCAUGCCUCAAGUAUUUGGCAAUGAUUAUAAUAAAAAUUUUGAAUAUUUUAUACAACAACAACAACAGCAGAAUCAACAAGAUCAACAUGAUCAACAACAGCAGUAUUAUGAUCAACGACAACAAAAACAAGAAUAUCAUCAAGAGCAACAACAGCAGCAACAGCAACAACAACAGCAACAACAGCAACAGCAACAACAAGGAUAUCAACAUGAUCAACAAUAUGAUCAACAACAACAACAACAGUACGUGACUUUUAAUCAAGACGAAUCACAAUCAAUGAAAAAUACAAAUAAAAAACGUGAAGAAUCAUUUAUCAGUGAACAAAUACUUCAAGAAUUACACACAUCACCAGAAAUAUUAUUUGAAAAUGUAAAUAAACACAUUGAAGAAUUUAAUGAUAAUCAUGAAGUUGCAAUAACACAUGGAAAUAAUUUACAAAAAAUGAAUAACAAUACAGAAAAUGUAAAUUAUUCUGAAUCUCAAGAAAUUAAUCAACCGACAUAUGUUGCUGAAGUUGGCCAUGUUAAUACAGAUAUUAUAAAAAAUAUAAAUAAUCAAAAUAAUGAUAAAUUAAUUAUAAAUAAUAAUUAUCAAGAAUUUAUAAGUAGUACAGCAUUACCAGAACAACAACAACAACAAACCAAACAAGCAAUUAAAUCAUCAAUAUCAAGUACACCAUCAAAUAGCAUUUAUUUCAAUACAAUUGGACAAAAUUUACCAAUUGACAUUGCAAGUAAUAAUCAAGAUAAAAAUCUAAUUUAUACAAAUAAUAAUAAUUAUAAUAAAAAUAUAAAAAAUAAACCAGUUGAAGUUACAAUUGAACAAUCAUAUUCAAUACCAUUUGAUGAUAUUGUUGAUAAAAAACAAAUAAAAUAUCAAUUUAAUCAGCCCCAAAAUAAUCAAUAUUUUGUACAGCCACAAAAUAACCAAUUUUUCAUAAACCCACAAAAUAAUCCAGCUAAUAGACAUCAGUAUUAUCAGCCUGAAAAAAUGAUUGAAAAUUCAGUCCACAUGUUUAAUACAGUCGACAAGAAAAACGUAUUUCAAAUACCAUCACAAUCUUAUUCAAUUGGAAUUCCAUUAAGAUCACAACAGUAUAGAAUUGAUGAUACAAAAUAUAUUGAAAAUAGUCUUAAAAUACCAACGACAUAUGUUAAUCAAUAUCAAGUUGGUUAUCAACAACAGCAAUUGAAUAAACAACAAAAUAGUAACUCUAAUUUAAAACAAUACAAUCAACAAUUUAAUCAACAAUUAAAAAAUUUUUCACAACAAAAUAAUCAAUAUUAUAAUUUUCCAAGACCAUUGAAUCAAUAUGAUAAUAUGAUUCAUCAACAAACAUUUAAUAAAAGAUAUGCAACAGUAUUACCACAACAAAAAUUAAAUAAUAAUUAUCAACAAGUUGUUAAUAAUAAACAAGGGUAUCAAAUACAAUCAAAUUAUUUAACAAAUAAUAAUAAUAAUCAAGUAAUUUAUCAAAAUAAAUUAGUACAAGUUGAAAAAAAAAAUCAACAAUAUCCUGUCAAGUCAUUUGUACAAAAUUGUGUUAAUGAUUUGAUUGAAAAUAAUAAUAAUGAGUAUCAUGGUCCAGUACCAUUACCACAAAUUGGAUUGAAUCAUCAUCAAGAAAAUCAAGUGGUACAUCCGGCCAAUCAAGAUACACUUAGAUAUUUGGCAAAUAGUCCAAGAUUUAAUAGCCAAACUUUCUUGAGACGUACAAGAUUACCAGACACAUAUUAUCCAACUUUAACUAGUAAUUUUAGACAAUCAAAAAUGGAGUAUGGUUUUAAACCACCAAUGAUACCAUCAAUACAAUAUGAUGAACAAACAGCAACUCAAAUUUAACAUUAAAUUUUUAUAAUUAAAUUUAUAUACAUAUACUAUUUUUUUUUGUUUUUUUAUUUUUUUGU